AUGCAAUCGGCCUCAUCUCUCGUGCCGCGGAAGCCGGCGGCGGCGAGCAGCCUCGGCAAGCCAAGCAGCAGCGGUCGUUGCGCAAAACCGAAUCGUCCGCAGCCCACCAGCCCCGUUUCCAAGACCUCGCAGCGUGGCACGGCGGGACGCUACGGCACCUCCACCGCGUUAGUGGCGUCGACGGCGGCAUCGCACUUCACCGCCGGUGCGCGUGGGCAGUCUACUCCGUUUGUCGGCCAGGGCGGCCGGACGGGACGGGAGGGAUUCACCUUUGGCCUCCGCGCCCCGCAGGACGGCGCCGCCGGUGCGGCUGCCCACGCCAAAAAGCGCCAAGCCACCAAGACGAAGGUCGUCGACGACGCCAACGCCCCAGUCGUCGUUGUCGGCCCCGAGCGGGACUCGGUGCCCUUCCGCCUUUGCUGCGAGGCCUUGGCGGAGGGGUGUGUGCAGACGUAUAUGCAUCUCUUCGAGCUAGCCCACCGCGACCCCGUCUGCGUCGACACGCUCUCACGAAAGUUCUUCAACGUCCCAGAUGACCGCCUCGCGUGGGUGCAGCAGCAGCUGUCCGCCGUGGAAGUCCUUCGCCGGCAGAGCGAGUUUGAGCAAGUGUUCACCCACUGCGCGCAACUCGCCGACUACUUUGAGAGCGAGGGCGACUACGCCGAGGCUGCGUGGUACCACGAAAUGGCGCUGCAUUACAUGAUGGAGUCACUCGAUCGCACUCUUGAGCAGCGCGCCCGUCACGUGUACGCCGCAUUCCAGGAGCGUCAGGGGCACUUGGAGGAGGCAGCCGCGCUCUACGGCGCCAUGUACCGCCUCGCCGUCGCCCUCCGUGAUGAAGCCGCACUCCAGGACGCAAGCCGCUGCCUCGUUCGGGUUCAUCAAGCCCUCGGUGAGACCCUAAAGUUCAGCGACCCUGCUGCUGCAGCGCGGCACUACGCGACGGCUGCCGAAGCUGCGGUGCGCGGCAAGAACGUCGUUGAUGAGGGUGUCGCCUACUCAGCCCUCGGCGAUGUGAGUGAGGCGCGCGGAGACCUGCCGCUGGCCCUCAAGUACCAGCGCAGCUGCCGCGCCGUGGCGCAGAAGAAUAAUCUGAAGCCGCAGGAGUGCCACGCAACGCUGCGUGUGGCCGACCUGGAAGAGCGGCUGGGGCUCAAGCUAGAGGCAUCCACUACCCUGCAAGAGGCGCUGCAGUUGGCAAAGGAGCUGGGGGCGCCACGGCAGCUCUGCAUUGCCACCAUGCAGCUAGGCGAGGCGUACCGUAGCCGUAACCAGGAGGACGAGGCUCUGCAGUGCUUCGACGAGAGCUUUUCCGCAGCAAUAGAGGCGGGGGAUCAGGAACUCAUUGACACCGUCCGCAUUGCCAUGGGCUUCGCGCGCGGCGACUACUACCUCACCCACGCCUAUGGCGGGAAGGGCUACCUGCACCUCGUCUACACCGACAUUCGCGCGCAGCUGGCGUGGAUGAGCGGUGGCACGCUUUGA